AUGAAUCCUCAAUCGGACACCUCACUCCCAUCAGACUCCGCCCAAGCACGCCGCAGCCCUCAGUCUCGGAAGAUGACCGAGUCCUCUCACAGCCAGACAUGGAAGGGCAAAAUGACAGCAGGGGCAAAGAAAUUAGGCCUACCCUUGUGGAAGAAACCCUCAGAUGACACAACCUCUCUCCAAACAAUGACAGAGACAGUCCCGGAGAGCAGCUAUACAUACAAGAAGCCUGAAGGAUCUACAUUGAUGUCGCUAGAGGAAGAAUCCUCACCGACCGAGGCCAUGAAAUACGUCUCCCAAGUACAACACCAGAAGCAAUUGAAGGAGAGUGGGUAUGACCAAAUGCCAGGUGCGAUGUGGGAAGCAGCAGCGGCGGCCCAGAUAGUUCAGACCCCAGAAGUGCCCGGUCAACAGACGAGCAUAGCCAGCGGUCCUGGGGAGAGCCCGUUGUGGCCAGAAGCGGCGCAACAAUGGAAGGCGAUCGAGGCCACUUCAUCCAUUGGGGGAACCCUCGACACUAUCACCGAGGAAGAAAACCCUAUCCCUCUCCAACUCCCAAGACUCUCUGGGGCCCAGACCCCAUACUAUCCCGAUGACAAAGACCCAUGGGGAGAACAGACAGAUACCAACAAGCUCCUCGAGCAACACCCCCAUGCUGACUCCCCACCGUGGGAGCGAAGAAUCUUAUUUGCAGACACCAACGAGGAGGACACUGUCCUCUGGUGGUUCACAGGAGCCCAAUCCCUUGCCAGAACUACUGAUGUAUCGAAUCUCGUCGAGACAGAGCUCAAUCAGGCAGAUCUCGCAGAUUGGCCUCACUGCAGAUAUGGAUCGACGGAAAUCCCUAUCUCUUACGAUAUGAACCCAUCUUCCACCCAACCGAUCAUCUCGACCGAUUGGACUUGCGGAUUAGAGCCAGGAUACAAAUCGACAGGCUCACCCAUGCGGGAGAAUAUGCAAACAAAACCCCCUUCAAUGAGGAGGACAAUGAGUUUGUCCAGGGAUCCAGCAAUAGACCCUACCGACGAAGAACUCUACAGGAUGAACUGGGACCAGUUCUGGUGGCAUACGCACGACAAACUACUCCACGAAACAUACUGGUCCACCACCCCACAGGGGCGAGCCUAUCAACAGGCUGAGCCCGGCUCCCAAUUAGAAAGGGACAUUCUAUCACAAGAAACUCAAUAUAUUGCUAUAUACUACUGGAAUAUCCUACACCCCGACCGGCAACUACUCUAA